AUGUUAUUCCGCAAGUUGACGGCGUGCGAAGCUACCCUUGACAAUACGAUGGCUACGUCAAUCUCCGAUUGGGUGACGCGUCCGCAUCCAGCCGAAAGCCAAGCGACCUGUCCUGUGCAAGCAGAAUCCUUCAAAUUCAGAUACUAUGAUCCCGGUCAGGCCGGGCUGCUAUUGGAAACGGUCAAGUUGGAGUUCGGUGGUUAUUCGCUUGCAGAGAUUGCGCAGCCACCCAGAUCAUCAAAUUUAGUAUGGGAAGCCUUUCCGGACAGCCGUGUGUACUCACCCGCAGGCUACUGGAUGCUCUUGCGUCUUUCCCUCACGGUCAGGCCCGGUAACGAUGACAAUUUGAUCGACAACACAUGGACUUCGCCGUAUGCUCAAUGCUGCAAUGUCUUGGUCAUAAUGGACAUCAUGAUCGAUUUGGUGAAAGGUCGCUACAAAAGUGCAGGCAACUUCGCGAUGCGUACGUGUCGAGCCGCAAGUGCCUCAACACCGGAAGAGCGUGCUCAAUAUCCCGGCUGUCCGGAAACGUAUACUGCGCCGGUCGAAUUAUCAGCAUUGUGUAGCAAAGCAGAUGCUACUGUCACUGUCAGACAGUAUGCAAUAUGA